AACAUGAUUCACUGCUAAAUGUAAACCACUGGGAGGAAAAUGGUGGCGAGCAUUCGUGUACAGAAACUGCUCCGUCGGUACAAACUUGCUAUCGCCGCCGCUUUAACAAUUCUCCUAAUCCAGGGAUUGGUGGUAUGGAGUCUCCGGAGUCUGGAGGAAGGAGAAGCCGAGCGCAGAGAACGGCAGUCUAAGCUGCCUGAUCAUAACAACCAGGAUGUGAGGAGAGACUCAGAGGCCAAGGGGCAGAAUUCCCUGUCCGGGGGGUACCAUGGCCAGGGGAAGCACGACAUGGAGCGGCCGGUCGUCACUCGUCCCACCAAGAAAGGGGGAAAGCGAAGAAUGAAGCCUGCUAUGAGGGAAGGAGCCGGAGUGGUGCAGGGCAUUGGAGCCGGAGAUGUCAUCGCCCCGUACGAUCCAUCCAGCAGCCGUAAUUUUACUGACAUGAAGGCGCAGGAAGGAGGCAAAUUCCCACCAGGGGCUCAAGGAGAACCAGGAAGUGUCGACGGCGCACCUCAGGUCCCAAGCAACGACUUUGUACCAAGCUGUGAGAUCGUUGGCAAGGAUGCUCUGUCUGCUCUGCACCGUGCUGGAUCACGCCAGUGCCGGCAGGAGAUUGCCAAUAUUGUCUGCAAACACCAGGCUGGAGAGCUGAUGCCACAGGCUUUACCUCAGUACUGCACGCAGCAUGUCUUGUCCAGUGCUGGCCAGCAAGCCGAAAUUCUAGACAACGAUUUGUCCAAAGUGGAGAACCCAGUCAGGGUGGCGUUUGUACUGAUGGUCCACGGUCGAGCCGUGCGGCAGCUCAAGCGACUCCUCAAAGCCAUUUAUCACAAAGACCAUUUCUACUACAUCCAUGUGGAUAAGCGCUCCACCUACCUGCACCGGGAGGUUGUGCACAUGGCCGAGCUGUACUCCAACGUGAGGGUCACACCCUGGCGCAUGGUCACUAUCUGGGGCGGGGCCAGUCUGCUGAAGGCAUACCUGCGCAGCAUGCAGGACCUGAUGUCCAUGCGCGACUGGAAAUGGGACUUCUUCAUCAACCUCAGUGCCACAGACUUCCCCACCAGGACCAACGACGAGCUGGUGGCUUUCCUCUCUCAGAACCGUGACAAGAACUUCUUGAAGUCUCAUGGCAGAGAGAAUGCCAGGUUCAUUAAGAAACAGGGGCUGGACAGACUUUUCCACGAGUGCGAUAAUCACAUGUGGCGGCUAGGGGAGCGCACCAUUCCAGAGGGCCUGGACGUGUCUGGUGGCUCCGACUGGUUUUCACUCACACGUCGCUUUGUGGAGUAUGUGGUCAACUCCAAGGACGAGCUGGUGACCGGGCUGAAGCAGUUCUACACCUACGCCCUGCUCCCUGCUGAGUCUUUCUUUCACACAGUGUUGGGCAACAGCCACAUGUGUGACACACUAGUGGACAACAACCUGCGAGUUACUAACUGGAAUCGCAAGCUAGGCUGCAAGUGCCAGUACAAACAUAUAGUGGACUGGUGCGGAUGCUCUCCCAACGACUUCAAACCUGCCGAUCUCAUCCGAAUUCAGCAGCUGACGCGACCCACGUUCUUCGCCCGUAAAUUUGAAUCCACUGUCAACCAGGAGGCCAUUGAUAUUCUUGAUACCCACCUGUAUGGGCAACACCCACCAGGCACUGCGGCACUUAAAGCCUACUGGGAAAGCCUGUUUGAGCGAGAGGAUGGUGUGGGAACUCUCAGCGACGUGGCACUCACAGCCUACAUGUCCUUCUUCAGACUUGCUCUCCAUAGUCAGAAAACCAUGCAUGAGGCCUGCAGGUUCGUGCCUGUCGGCUACCCCAUAUCCGUCCAUCUCUAUUUCUAUGACGACCGUUUCCAGGGCUACCUGUUGCGCCAGGAGGUGAAGAGCACGGCAUCUGAGAAGAAGGAAAUGCUGGAGGUGUGGGUUGUUCCUCAGGCAACAUUACAGCUAGAGAGCAACCUAAAUGAGUUUGAGAGGCUGAAGAACCUUGAGGUGGGAACAGAGUGGGACCCCAAAGAGAGAAUUUUCCGGAACUUUGGUGGAGUGAUGGGGCCUUUGGACGAGCCUGUGGCGGUGCAGAAAUGGGCUCGUGGCCCCAACCUCACAGCCACCAUCGUGUGGAUCGAUCCUGCUCAGGUGGUCGCAGCAUCUUAUGACAUCAGCGUGGAUGUGGAGUCGGAAUUUACUCAGUACAAGCCACCGCUGCAGCGUCCCCUCAGGCCUGGAGUAUGGAGAGUCCGUGUGCUGAGGUUAUGGGAGCGUAUGGCUGAAGCUCGCUUUCUGGUCAUGCCUCUCGCUUUUAAAGGAAAGGAACCAUUUCGCAAAGAAGAGCAUACCUGGCUGCACGCAGGCCCUGCAGGAAACGUUUACCUGGAGCAGGGCUUCCAGCAGCUCGCUCAGGUUCUGAAGCUGCCUCCCAUGGAGCCUGCACUGGAGGAAUCUCAGAAGAAGGCGUCUCUGGUGGGCAAGGCUCUGGAGGGUUGGGUGGACAGCUUAGUGGGUGCCUUCUGGGUAACAGGAGACCUGUGUUCCACUCAGACGUCCCUCUGUCCCAGCGUACAGCUGUGCGCAAAGACCAGCUGGAGCUCCUUGUCCCCAGAUCCCAAAUCCGAACUUGGCGCGGUCAAAAGCAACGGCCGGAUCAGGUAGCCCAAAAGAUUUGUAGCGACAGAGGGUAAGAACACUAAAGCAACUACAAGGGGAGAGGAGGAGCCCCUGUGAGCGAUGUUUACGGGAUACGAGUCUCUCAGAUCAUCCAAAUGAUUUCUGGUCGAGGCACUUUGUCUUGAGGAUUGGUGUUAAGGACAAUCUAAGAGAAGAAUGAACUGACAUUUGCACAUGAAAACAUUUUCUAAUUGUUCAUAAAAAAUCUUUUUU